UGCCAAGGCACCGGAUUCCGGCCUGGAGGACGGCGGGGUCUGGCGUUGGGGUGGGGGCGGGAUCCUGUCUCUUUAAACGGGAGCGCGCAGGGAGCUGAGCCCGGCUGCUGGCGCCGGCCGUGGGGCUGAGGAUGGAGCUGCCCCGCCGCGUCCCCCGGCCCUGGGCCCCCCUGCGGGCCCUCUUCCUCCUGCCGCUGCUGCUGCUGCUGCAGCCCGGGGCGAGCUGGGGCAAAUACGUGAAGGGCAACAUCAGCACCAAAGAGGACUGGGUAUUCCUGACUCGCUUCUGCUUCCUGUCUGACUAUGGGCGCUUGGACUUCCGAUUCCGCUACCCUGAGGCUAAAUGCUGUGAGAACAUCCUCCUUUAUUUCGACGACCCUUCUCAGUGGCCAGCGGUCUAUAAAAAGGGAAAUAAGGAUUGUUUGAUGAAGGAGUCCGUAAUCCACCCUGAGAAUAACCAGGUGAUCAACCUCACAACCCAGUAUGCCUGGUCAGGAUGCCAGCUGGUGACUGAGAGCUCCGUAAGGUACCUGAGCUGUGCCAGUGGCCGGAGCUUCCGCUCAGUCCGUGAGCGCUGGUGGUACGUGGCCCUCAGCAAGUGUGGGGGUGACGGGCUGGAACUGGAGUACGAGAUGAUCCUGACUAACGGGAAAUCUUUCUGGACGCGUCACUUUUCAGCUGAUGAGUUUGGCAUCCUGGAGACGGACAUCACUUUCCUGCUGAUCUUCAUCCUGAUCCUCGUCAUUUCUUGCUACUUUGGCUUUCUGUUGAAGGGACGUCAGCUCCUUCACACCACGUACAAGAUGUUUAUGACGGCGGCUGGUGUGGAAGUGCUCAGCCUAAUGUUUUUUUGCAUAUACUGGGGCCAGUACGCAAGUGAUGGUAUUGGUAACAGCAGCCUCAAAAUCCUGGCCAAGCUCCUCUUCUCUGUCAGUUUCCUGAUCUUCCUUCUGAUGCUCAUCCUACUGGGAAAAGGAUUCACUGUCACCAGGGGUCGGAUCAGCCACACGGGUUCGAUCAAGCUCUCGGUGUACAUGACCCUCUACACAAUCACACACGUCGUGCUCUUCAUCUAUGAAGCGGAGUUCUUUGACCAGGCCCAGGUGCUGUACACGUAUGAGUCGCCAGCUGGGUACGGCCUGAUCGCUUUGCAGUUUGUGGCCUACAUCUGGUUCUGCUACGCCAUCCUGAUCACUCUGAAGCAGUUCCCGGAGAAGCAGCCCUUCUACGUCCCCUUCUUUGCUGCCUACACCCUGUGGUUCUUUGCUGUUCCUGUUACAGCACUUAUUGCCAACUUUGGCAUCCCCAAGUGGGCGCGGGAGAAAAUCGUGAAUGGCAUCCAGCUGGGGAUCCACUUGUACGCCCACGCCGUCUUUCUGAUUAUGACCCGUCCUUCGGCAGCCAACAAGAACUUCCCUUACCACGUGCGGACGUCGCAGAUCGGGAUUGUAGAGGAGGCGGCGGCCGGGGCCAAGUUCCCCCACCACGUGUAUGGCAACGUGACUUUCAUCAGCGACUCAGUGCCAAACUUCACGGAGCUCUUCUCGAUCCCCCAGAGCACGGGGAGCAGCAAUGCCAGCAACCCGCGCAAGCAAAUGGAGGAGACGUCAUCUGCGGACCGUACCCUGACCCCCAGCUGCGUGGUCACCACCUCAGAGCUCAGUGGGACCCCCAUGCUGUUGAAACCUUCCAUGGGGAGCGAGAGCCAGCCGCCCCCCUACCAGCUGCAUGCGCCCCAACUCCAUCAGCACAACGGCUACACCGAAUAUUUUAGCAUGCACACAACUGGUGCUCGGCCUGUGUAGGGGGUCUCCUAAUUUCCUUUUGUGGCUUUCCUGCUUCCCAUCCCGGGGUUUCUCCUCCAAUACCCCACUUUCCCCCCCGGCCUCCUCUGUUCCCUCUUAUGUCCUGACAUAUCAGACAGGCUAUUCUGUCCCGGAUCUCCCCGAAAUAGUACAGAACCGCUUCAUUCCCGAGAACACAGUUAAGCUGUAUAUAAAGGGACUCCUUCGUUUACAAGCUCCCAUUCAAUGACAGAGGGAGAGAAUCCUCACCUUGCUAGUUAUAUAAAAGACGCCCCAUACGUGUCCUUUUUUUUGGCGUGGGACAGUCUUGAGCUCCUCCGCUUUGGGGCUGGUUCUACUGGAGGGGACCAGCCAGGGACUGGAUGAACACGGGAAGUGACUCUGUUUCAUUUUUCCCAUGAGUCUGGGGGUGGGUCCCUCCCCCCCAUCUCUGCUUCAGUCAGAGAGACAGGCCUGCUUCCUGGCUGCCAUUUCCCCGUAGUGCAGUGGUGGCGAACCUAUGGCACGGGUGCCAGAGGUGGCACUCAGAGCCCUCUCUGUGGGCACGCGUAAACAGAGUCGCCCCCACCCCCCACGCACAUCUAGGCUGGCCUGGG